AUGAUAGAGAAUGAUCUCGAAAAUAUGAAAAUUAUGUUAAAUAAUGAUAAUCCAAUGCCAAUAAGUACUUUAUAAUAUGUUUUACUACCAAAAUGCAAAGAUGAAAUUUUCACCAGAAAGAAUAACUAAAAUUAUAUAAAGUCAUAUUUAUCUUAGGGAGUAAACCCUAAAAAUAUAGUUCCAACCAAUCUUGAGGAUGGAAUUUGGGUUGGUCUUCCAAAUCAAACCCAAAAUUAGUUUACGAAGUCAAUACUUAAGGAUGCCUAAAAAUAUACUGAACAGUUAAAUUACACCAUAAACAGAUAUUCUGAAUAUACUUAAAUGAAUAGUAUAAUAAAAUCGUGUAACACAUCAAGAAAAGGUACAAAACGAGUGACUUUCGAGAAUUCGGAAACAUUACCUGAAAAAUAUUAUUAACCUAAAUAAUGA